ACCUCUCCGAAGCGGUCUGCUGCUAAAAGGGGAUGGAAGGAGUUCUGCCGUGCGUGUGGGCUAGAGUGCGGUGCCAGUUUUCAUUCAUCUAAUUUGCAUUUGAUCGAGUCCUGAAAAGUCCUCAUUGCUACAGUGCAAACUUAGGUCGCGCAAAUAAAGUGUAGUAACAUUUAGCUCGCGUUAUUUCUUCCAGUUGGGCAUCGCCCGCCUAAUCGAAAGAUGGUCGUGUAAAGCCUGCUUCUCCUUGGAAAAGAAACAUGGCUCUCUUCGGCGUCCAGAUCGUGAUCACCAUGAUAAUGGCCAGCGUUAUGCAAAAGUUGUCGCCACAGUAUUCAAUAUCCCGGUGGAUCAUCUGCAAAAGGCUGAUACGGUAUCUCCACCCAUCGGACGAGGAACUCAAGUCCCUCGCUGGAAUUUCAGGAAAGUCUUUCAAGGGAAAGAACAAAAGGGAGAAGUGGAGAAACCGCAAUGGCUCUCUGGAUGACGGCAAGGACUAUGAGGAGUUUCUGGUGCCAAAAAGCAUUCCCGUGGUGCUGCAAGCAGCACCGAUCACCGCCAACGAGGCACUUCAGCUCCGCUUCUACACCGACUACCAGUGGCUGAUGGACUUUGCUGUGCAUGCCGUCGUGGUUUAUUCCAUCACCGAGGCAUACCGCUACUACUUCUCUGACCGCGAGGAGAUCAACCUCAGCUUGGUGUGGUGUCUGCUGGUACUGGGUUUUGCCGUCAAGGUCCUGUUCUCACUGACAGCCCUGUAUUUCCGAGGCGAGGAGCCCAUUGGGGAACGCUCGCUCUGCCUUGUCUCAGGAUUCACAUUUUUCGUCCUUGCCAUGGUGGCACUGAUUGCUGACGAAGAAUUCCUUGAGUUUGGCCUCCGUGACGCAUACAGAAGUUUCAACGAAAGUUCGCACCAGUUUCUUCAAACACAAGGCUUGAGUUCAAGUGGUCCCACAUCUCAACUGAUGUUCAAGUUCUUCCUAGCUGUUUGGUGUGGCCUUGUGGGAGCUUUCUUCACGUUUCCUGGCCUCCGCUAUGCACGCAUGCACUGGGAUGCUUUCAAGUACUGCGAAGGACAGCAUUUCAUCAGGCUGCUGCUUCACCUGAGCUUUGUCUCGCCUCUCUUUGUGGUGCUGCUGUGGGUGAAGCCUCUUGCCCGCGAGUACUUCACCGAGAGGUCAUUUCCAGGCAUGAGGGGAAACCUAAUGAGCAGCCAGGCAUUUGAGGCAAGCCGCAUCGUGCUGGUUCUGGCCGUGGUGGUGUUGCGACUCUGUCUGAUGCCGCGGUACCUGCAGUCCUACCUGAACCUGGCUCCCGAGAAGAUGGCCGAGCUCCGCAAGGAAGCUGGGAACAUCAGCAACAUUGACCUUCAACGCAAGGUGGUUCGAGUCUUCUACUACUUGUGUGUAGUGGCCCUGCAGUACAUCACGCCAUUGCUCACAUGUGCAUUUACAGCUCUCCUGUUGAAAACAUUAGGUGACCACAGCUGGAUCGCCUACCUGUGGUCACCGGACAGUCCCGGUGCUCCCCUUCAUCACAACACAGUCCCUGGAGUGCCAUCGAGAGGACCGUCUCCAGAAUCCAUCCUGGCUACCAGCCAGCAGUUCUCACUAACGCUGGCCGGACUUCGAGCCGUCUUCACGCCUGUGUUAUUUCGAGGUGUCCUUAGCUUCAUGACCUGGUGGCUGUGUGCCACAUCUUUUGCCACCAGUGUGGUUGGACUUGUGUACCACUCGUACACUUCCUAGGUUGAGGUUAAUGAGCGAUUGCACUAUAGUACGAGCCAGAGUUUUGUGACGAAGCUGUGCGGUGGCAGAGGCACUUCGCAAGGCGUGGCUUGUGCGUUUGGUAGCAGGCAGAAAUGCCAGUUGUUGUUUUGUCAAAAUUCUUUAGGCUUGAAGUACCGCUCAGUUUUGAGUGCGCGUGAAAUGACCGUGAGAGCUAGAGACACCUAUGUACUUCCAUCCCGGUGAAACACAGAGUUUGCACCUACGCCCUUAUGUGUGCAGAGAUGACUGUGGAGUUCGCACAUCGCCACUGUAAUUGCCAAGCAGCUGAUAACUUUGUGGCAAGUUCUUAUUUAAAUAGUUGGUAUCCGAGGCAUGCAGAGAGGACAUUGACAAACAUUGGAGCAAUCAGUCUCUUUUGAUUGGUUGCUCUGGAGGGGAAGCUCGAGUGAGAUUGCACAAUGCAAGGCAUAGGAGCAAGAGAGAGAGAAUUCUUUAAUGAUGUGAAAUGCCUUUAGCUGAGGUAGGUAGGCUGCAGUGUAAAUGAUGCUUGAUUUUUCUAAUUUGUCACACUUGAGGUGCACAUGCACCUGAAUUAUUGUCGUAGACUGCAUACGGAGUAAAACAAGCAUGUAAUACGAGUAUGUUACGAAUAGCAAUGUAUAUACAUGGGCACCCAGUAAUGGACAGGCGAAGCUUGGAGCUAGUGCAUAAUGUGGUGUAGUCAUGGUACUUACCAGCCCUCUGCCGGGCAGUGUCUAGCCCAUUUAUCACACGGAAGUUUCUGUUUACAGUUCUGUUACGGUGUUGUGUGUUGUAUCUUGUUAUUGAUAGUGAAAUUUCAGGCUUUUCUGAUAGUGGCAGUUGGUAGAACUGUCUAAUUCGUCUUCUCGUGUUCACCUGAUCAUGUUCUGCAGGCAACAGCAAGAUAAGUAGGACAGUGCUGUCCUUCUGAUCUCAGAAUUGCAGACACAUCAUCUCCAAGCUGACUGCCCCCAUGCAAGUGUGUUUCUCCUGCUUAACAUGGAAGGUGACUGCUUAGUGGUAUCCCACAAAGAGCUUCUUAAUGAAAAUUCACAAGAAAGGUUGUUGGCAAAUCAGGCUAGCACCACCCACGAGUGAUUCUGCGGCUCCUUGUGACACAUCCACAAGACACGAUGGAUGUUCAAUACAGGUGUAAGCGUCUUGCUUUCAAAGCAUAUGUACCAGUGUACGACUACACUUAUUCUAUUGUUUGUUGUUCUUGCUCAAGCGUGUUAUAGUGGAUAUCACACUCAGUUAGUUUCUGAGAGAUUCGCAAUGAUAUUUUAUUUGACUUUGAAAGUGCAAGCUUAAGUGUGUUGUGCAAUGCAAGUGAGGUAAACUUAUGAGCUAAGAAACUUGAUUCACUGCACAGGAGCUAAAACAUAGUGUGAUGAAUGCAUGUUACGGUACUCAUGUUGCAGUUGUUUUCACUCUUUAAACGUUUGCUUUUAGUUGCAUCUUGUUGAAAACGCACCCUUGACCAUUUUAUAAGAGAUUAAAAUAACAAAGCACAUAGUAAGUGGUGUAGCUUCCACUUAGCGUGCACACUCACAUUCAAUAUCGGCUGCAACACUGAUGCUAGUGCUUCAAGACUGUACAGUAGGUCUGACAUAAUACAUCUUGAAGUCCCUUCGACCACAGGCACCGGUGUUGCAGCUCGUAUUGAAUGCAGCUGAAUGUGACACUUACGGCACCGUUGUCAUGAAUAGCUUCAGGGUCAAACAGAACUAUAGCAGCUAAUAUGGUCGGUUAAGCAGGGUUUCAUUUCCUUGUGGACAUACAGGUCAACAAACUGUACUUUGUAUGAUCUUGUGGAGAGUUUUUAUGACGUUCAUGAAUACCUUUUGCAUGUGUGCAUGGUGAUUGCAUACUGGUAAACACCACAUUACAUCUUUUUUGAAUGUGUCUGUCAUUUUUAUAUACAUUGAAGUGUGAACAGUAUUUAAAUGUAGCUUCCAUAAGAUAGAUUGUUCUUUGCUCGCUUUAUCAUUUAAUGGCCACUGCACUAACUUAUUAAUGCAUAGAUAAUUUUCUUCAUGGAGUUGAUAAAAAUUGCGAGAUUAAACCUAUGCAACUAGUCUGUUACUAUAGCCUUUGUUGGUCUUAAAUGUGGUCUGCUGUAUAAAACAGGGCUUCUAACCACAUGUGAUAGGCAUCAUCUUCCACAAUCAAUGUAGUCACUUGUGUGCCUUUCAAUGCCAACGGAUAUGUACACUUUGUUGUGAGACAGUGUGGGUGUUGUUUGCCACUGUAUGACAUUUUUUGAUAAAUGACGCACAUCACAUUUGGGUUCCAUUUACUUGAAUGAGCACCACAUGUGGGCUGCAAUAAUUUUGUUGGUCGGCCUUUCUACUUUCAGAGCUUCCACAUUGGUGCAACAAAUGAUGACUCACCAGUAGGUGUGUGGUGUGGUAUCGUGAUGGGCCAAGGCAGUGGGUCUUCUGUGAAGCUUGGCAGCCUGUUAAGGGGCCCUGCAAUCUAUUUUUUUGAUAGCCACCAUAGUCGCUUUAGAAAUAUUCUCGGCAGAUUUGUAUGUAAUGAAUUACAUGUAAUUUGUAAUUAUAGUUACUUGUAAUCAAUGACAUUUUUUUGUAAUUUUGAAUGAUAACAAAUUGAUUCAAUUGACCGAUUAUUUUAGGGUAGAGUACGAAAAUUAAGGCACGCAACUGUUCAGGGCUUAGGCUCUGAAUGCCACUGAAAAAAAGCCUAAGAAAAGCGAUUUUACAUUAGCAGUAUACAAAGGCAGAAAGUUCAUUUUUCUGGAGAAGGGGGGGGGGGGGAAACCAGCUUUCCGAACCCUCCCCCAUAUAUAUAACCUUCAAUAACUGUUGCACUUAAAGAAACUUCGCAUGGCCUCAAGAAUUCUUUUUGUGGAAGAAUUGUCUUGUACUUCGCUUUCACUAAUAGUGCUUCAUCGUUCCAGUGAAAUUACUGCCUCCUUUUUUUUUUUUUGUGUGUGCUGUGAGUCUGAGUACAAGCGCUGCUGCGCAUGACUGCUAUUUAUUGUGAUUUUGAGUGAAUCCGGCCUGGUCUCAUUUGGGUUUGCUGAGUGAAUUAUAUAUAUUUAUGACCUUUGCA